AUGGAGAAAUUCAAUUUUGUAGCAGUGAUUAUAGUCCUGUUGAUGUAUAUUGAAUCAGUAAAAUCAGAAAUUCCUCUAGCACCAGCACUAUAUGUAUUUGGGGAUUCAAUAUUUGACAGUGGAAAUAAUAAUGUUUUGCCAACUUUAGCUAAGGCUGAUUUCAAACCUUAUGGUUCGAAUUUUGAUGGAGGCAGAGCUACUGGAAGAUUUACAAAUGGAAAAACUGUUGCUGAUUUUAUUGCUGAAUUUCUCGGAUUGCCAUUUUCUCCGCCUUAUUUGAGUUUACGAGGAUCGUUAAAACUCACCGGCUUAAAUUAUGCUUCUGGAUCCUGCGGCAUUUUACCUUAUACAGGAAAUUUCAUCGGGAAGUGCCUGCAUUUUUCAGAGCAAGUUGAUUUAUUCGAGAGAACGGUAGAGCGAGAAUUGCCCAGAAAAUUUAAUGAUCCUGAGGAGUUUUCGAGUUAUUUGUCUCGGUCGAUUUUUGUGGUGUCUACAGGCAGCAAUGAUUAUGUAAACAACUAUUUACAGCCAAAUAUUUAUGGGACGAGCAAGCGCUAUACUCCUGACUCAUUUGCCAAACUUCUCGUUGAUGCACUUUCUCAACAACUUCAGAGGUUAUAUCGACUAGGAGCAAGAAAGAUAAUAAUGUUCGAGAUAGGACCAAUUGGUUGCAUUCCAUCAUUUACAAAGAAGCUUCGACACAAUGGACGUUGCAACGAAGAAUAUAACGCUCUCGCAGUAAUUUUCAACAAUCAGCUGAGUGAAAUGCUCAAAAAUCUCACUUCCACCCUUCAAGGCUCCGCUUUUAUUCUUGGCCAUGGUCAUUGGCUCGGCUACGACGCCAUCAUCAAUCCUUCUGCUUAUGGUUUAAUGGAUCCAACAAGUCCAUGUUGCAUCACUUGGGGAAAUGGGACAUCAGCUUGCAUACCAGAACUUGAGCCGUGCGGCGACGCUGAUAAACACUACUUCUGGGAUGGUUAUCAUCUUACUGAAACAAUAUAUAGGGUUAUUGCUACUAAAUGUUUCAAUGGAACAUCUCUUUGUAUUCCCAAAAAUAUUAAGGAACUUGUGGAAGACUGA